AUGGCUCACAUCGAGAAUGGCCAUACGAAUGGCUUUGGUGACUCUGCCUUCAAUUCAGACACCGUACCUUCUGCCACUCGUUUUUCUGACAUCCCCUCUGCCAUCGAUAUCCCUGCAUCGACGUUCGACAGUGAGGUGGAAGUCAGUCUUGAAGAACUCCCCGAUGACCCUACAGAAUUGUGCACACUGCUAGAGAACGAGAAGGCUGCGAAGAACUUCUGGGUGAUUAUUUCGUUGGCGUAUGCGAAACAGAAUCAGCUCGACCAUGCGAUCGAAAUUUUGCAAAAGGGUUUGGCGUCUGUCGCUCACGGAGCAACCAAGGAGAAACUAGGCCUUUUAAACUGGUUGUGCUGGUUAUUGAUGAUUAAAAGUCGUCAAGCGCCACGUGUGGCACCAGAUGGCGACUCUUCAGGUGUGAAGACCAAGGAUUACUAUUUACAACAGGCGACAUCGACUCUCAAUGAAGCAUCCCGUCUCAAUCCUGCCUACACGCCGCUCUUCCUUGCCCGUGGCGUUUUGUCUCUCCUUCGAGCAUCCCUAUAUCCACCGCGACCCGUCAGAGCCGGUAUUCCUGAUACAUCCGAAAGAGUCGAGAGUUUACGACAAGCUCUGAAGUGUUUUGAAGAAGCAUCGAAGGCUUCAGGAGGCAGGAAUGUGAUGGCUCAUCUAGGACUGGCUAGGGCGCAGUAUUCUCUGGGAAAUUAUGCUGAAGCGUUACUGGUCUAUCAAACUGUUCUCACCAGAAUGCCGGGUCUUACUGAUCCUGACCCACGAAUUGGUAUCGGAUGCUGCCUUUGGCAACUAGGCUUCAAAGAACGUGCGAAAGACGCGUGGGAAAGGGCACUGUCUCUGAAUCCCAAAUCAAAGGUCGCGAGUAUCCUUGUCGGAACGUACUAUUUGUAUAGCAGCUCGCAACGUCCUACGAGCGACCCUCAAUUUGGAGAGCUUUACAGGGUCUCCAUGACACAUACACAAGGCUCUCUUAAGCUCGAUAAGGACUAUCCAAUGGCAUGCGCAAGGUUUGCAGGGUACAAAUUAAUCCGCAAGGAUUACAAAGCAGUGGAAGUUUUGGCGCGUAAAGCUAUUGAGCAGACCGAUGUCGUCUCUAUCGCUAGUGAGGGCUGGUAUCUCCUAGGUCGAAAAGCGCAUUACGAGGGCGAUACCGCUAAAGCUUCUGAAUACUUCAACCGGUCUGACCAAGCUCGUGGUGGUGGAGACAGUGGAUUUUUGCCAGCCAAGUUCGGUGUUGUCCAGAUGCAGGUCAAGUCCAAGGACUUGGAUGGAGCAAAGUUUCGACUGGAAAAGAUCAUACAACAAUCCAAAAAUCCAGAAUGUAUGGCCCUAUUAGGCGCUCUACUAGCAGAAGAUGUCUUCUCUGCUCAAGCUAGCGGUAGCAAGGAUGAUAAGUCUGCCGACGCCACGAAAGCCAUUUCUCUUCUUGAGUCUGUUCGCAGCCUUUGGAAGGAUCCAACGAAGAACAUCCCACCUGAUGAGUCUGUACUGAUUUAUCUAUCCCGCUUAUACGAGAGCACUUCGCCAGAAAAGAGCAUGCAGUGCCUCACACAAUUGGAAGAGAUUCAGAUGGAGCAGAUACCUGAUCAGGAACGGCCUCAUGAGAAUCUUCAGAAUGGAGAAUUGAAGGCUGCACUCCGGGAACAUCUACCCCCCCAACUAUUGAACAAUAUUGGCUGCUUCCUUUACCAGUCAGGCAAAGUGGCACAAGCAAGAGAGCUAUUCCAAUCUGCCCUAACCGCUUGUGAUAAGUCUGAGGAGGUAGAGGGUGAAAAGGCCACGGAUGCUCUUCUCACGACGAUCAGAUACAAUUUUGCUCGUUGUCUCGAAGCUCUCGAUCUACCAGAUGAAGCAAAGAAAGUGUACGAGAGCCUUCUUGAGCGGCAUGGCGAUUACACCGAGGCUAGUGCGAGAAUGACCUAUAUUGCGCUCCGCCAGAGUCCGACAGAUGAAGGACCAAAGAAGAUGGCUAAACUAUAUGAACGCGACUCGACCAAUCUUGAAGUGCGCGCACUUUUUGGCUGGUACCUUAGCAAGUCUAAGAAACGGGUGGCCAAUCUGGCUGAGGAUCAUGAACAGCGACACUACAAGCAUACACUACAACAUUUUGACAAGCAUGACAGGUAUGCUUUAACGGGAAUGGGUAAUGUACAUCUUUUAACCGCGCGUGAUAUGCGACGCGAGACCGAUGCGGACAAGGAAAAGCGACGAAAGAUGUACGAGCGUGCCGUGGAGUUUUUUGACAAGGCACUGCAGCUAGAUCCCAAGAAUGCUUAUGCAGCUCAAGGAAUUGCAAUUGCUCUCGUGGAUGAUCGCAAGGACUUUGCGGGUGCUGUUCAAAUCUUCUCAAAGAUACGGGAUACCAUCAAAGAUGCUAGUGUGUACCUCAACUUGGGACAUGCUUAUGCGGAACUGAAGCAGUUCACUCGGUCGAUUGAGUGCUACGAAACGGCAUUGUCCAAGGACCGAGCUCGCGAUGCACAACUUCUAGCAUGCCUUGGGCGAGUCUGGUGGCUAAGGGGGAAGCAUGAGAAGAAUCUAACAGCAAUGAAAACUGCUUUGGAUUAUGCAAAUCGUGCGUUGGCAGUUGCGCCGGAACAGGCGCAUCUUGAGUUCAAUGUUGCAUUCGUCCAAAAUCAGGUCGCACUUCUUGUCAAUAGUCUACCGGAGACACAGAGGACGCUGCAAGAUCUACAAGAGGCGGCUGAAGGUCUUGAAAAAGCUAUUGAGACGUUCACGCGUAUUGCUCAGGUCAAGACACCGCCGUAUCCUCGCGAGUCACUGGAACAACGGGCAAACAUGGGUCGUAAUACGAUCAGCAAGCAGCUUGAGCGAUCGAUACAAAAUCAGAAGGAGUACGAGGACAAGAACGCACUCAAAUUACAACAAGCUCGUGCAGCCCGUGAAGCCGAAUUGAAACGCCGCGAAGAAGAAGUGCGAAAGGCGCAAGAACUUGAAAACGAGAGGAAGCGUCGAUUAGCAGAAGAACGACAACGUAUCAUUGAAGAAACGCAACGACUAGCAGCAAAGAGGGCGGAAGAACAGCGAGCUCGUGAAGCAGCUGAGCUCACUACAGAUUCUGAGACGGGUGAGCGACAGAAACGCAAGAGGAAGGCCUCGUCCGGCAGGAGAAGGAAGCGCCGCGAUGAGGAUGAUGGAGUCGUUUCUGAUGGUCGAAGCAUCAGUGUGGCUCGGUCUGACGAUGAUGGAACAGCGCCAGCACCCAAGCGACGAAGGCGAUUGGAACGCCGGGGAGGCGCCAAGGAGAAGCUGGGCAAGUACAAAAGCAGUGAACUGGUGGUGGACUCGGAUGAAGAGUUGGAAAACGAGGCUGCAGCUAUUGCUAAACCUGCAGGUGCGGACGAUGACAAGUUUGAUUCCGAUGGAGAUUUGUUUGGCGACGAUGACAACGUCGUUGCUGAAGAAGAGGAAGAAGCUACAACUCCAGCGGCCAAUGGAAGAGGAGGACGUGCUCGACGCGGCAAGCGGGUUGUCGACGACAGCGAUGAAGAUGAAGACGAGCCUGCUGCAGCUGUUUCAAAAGACACAGAUGAUGAAGAGAUGCAGGACACAGAUGAUGAAUAGCACUGUCUGUAACUCAGUACAUUACCCUAUUCACAUUUCUCUUUUUUUUCUUGCCGAUUGUUUUACUAUGCUUUUGCUCAUUUUGGGGUCCAUUGGAGAUAUCGAGUUUGUACAAAACAGUUUGCAAGUCUAG